AUGGCGUCUUUCACCUAUUCCCCGUGCGUUAGCGGAGGAGGAGGAGGAGGAGGAGGAGGGGGAGGAGGAGGAGGAAGAGGAGGGGGAGGAGGAGGAGGAGGGGGAGGAGGGGUGAGGUGGUGCGGGGGAAGGAAUAGCGCUGCUGUUUCUGGGGAAUGCGAUGGAGGAGGAGGAGGAGAGGAGGAUGGAGUAGGAGGAGGAGGGGGAGGAGGCAAGCGAGGUAGUUCCUGUGAAUUUAACGCGGUGGCGAACGAGAGGGGCUGUGGGGGGGCGGUGCAGGGGUUGUUAUGGGGAGAGUGGGGCGGGGGGCGUCCCGUUGAAGAAGCAGGGCAUUGCCCUGAUUUUAUGAGGCGCGAUUUGUGUCGUCCUUUCGGGCUUGUUGAUAAUGUCCUCGCUGACAUUCGUAAUUUCAGAUGGACGUCCCCCAUUAUGGACGCCGCCGAGAGUUUUAAAGAAACGUUUGAGAGUCGUAGAUUUCUCUUAAUCCGCCUCUUUAUGUGGUGGGACUGA